UAAUUCAACUUGGCUGAAGGAGCGACGCAAUUUCUUUUUGCAAAAGCCAUCGGCGCUUGUGAAUUCCUCAAAAUAUUUCGUGUCCUCGUCGACGAAACGGCGGCAGUAGCUUUUUACUAGCUUUUAUCCACGCAAAGUGUUUGGCUUGCGAGAAAAUUGGUUUUGUGCGUCCGAUGUUGGCCCCCAAACCCCUCAAUAGGGGUUAAAAACGAGUAAUCACUACCGCAGGCGGAUACUUUUUUCCGAGAUUUUUUUUGUUGUUGAUUAGCAAAAGGUAAUUACGGUGAAACGUGCAAGUUUCUUGUUGUCGUAAUUGUGCACACGACUCUUGCUUGAAGCAGGUUACGCCCAGAGAGAGUGUAAAGCAUCGCGACAAAUAUGUCGUUCCGGCUGCUAACCAAUCGACUUUUCAAACAAAGUCGGUCCGCACUGCAAUGGUAUUAUAAGCGCGAUAUCUAUACCAACAUUUUGGAACACGGAAAGAGCCGGGGAAUCCCCUCUGCCCAUCUCCACAAGGCUGGAGUUCAACAACAGCACAACCAUCACAAGUCGCAAAUCGCCUUACGAGCCUCCACUGGACUGUUCAGGUUUGGCCAGCAUGCCCGGAAACUGUUCAUUGACAAUGUCCUCAAUCGGGUCACCUCAUCCUAUUCGAGUGAACUGCGAGCUAGAGCUACAAAGAAACUCUUCUUCGGGGAUUCUGCGCCGUUUUUCGCCCUUGUGGGAGUCAGCCUUGCUUCCGGAGCUGGAGUAUUAACUAAAGAAGAUGAAUUGGAGGGUGUCUGCUGGGAAAUACGUGAAGCCGCAUCACGAAUCCAAAAUACCUGGAACAAGGAAGAGGCCUCCGGCGCUACCAUCAACGACGAAUUCACUCUAGACGACUUGGACAUAGGACCCCCGAUCGCGAAGGGUUGUGCCGCUGUAGUUUAUGCUGCUUCAAUGAAGAAACCUGACGAGAACAAAACCGAUCCUGUUGAAGUUCCAACCCGUCCAUCACCAGCACAAAGUCCCGUGAAUUUGUCAUCCCAAGAACGGAUGGACGUUGAUCCUUCCCCACGACGAGAUUCGAUAUUGGCGAGCUAUAAGAGUGGUGGCGGCGGAAUGCUGUCUCCCAUUCACAAUCUGAGUCGGUUUGUCCACAACUUUGGAGGAAGUGUCGAUAACUUGUUUAUGUAUGGAAACCGUUUAAUGGGAAGCCAAAUUAAUUUGUUGCGAAACGACAACGAGGAAAACGCAGAGAAUGCCGCAAUGAUGAAUCGAUCACGUCAUAACUCUGAGAUAAGCCAGUUUGAAAUGCUGGACGAGGAUGUGAGCGUGACUACGAUGGAUCUGUCUCCAUCAAACAUCAGCAUAUGCCGAUAUUCACUAGCCUUAAAAAUGAUGUUUAACUACGACAUUCAGAGCAAUGCAAUGUCAAUUCUUCGCGCAAUGUAUAAAGAAACAAUUCCGGCUCGAUACCGUCCAACCAAUGACAAUUCCGACGGUUGGGAGAAGUUACUGCGUGACCAAACACUAACACUUCCACCACAUCCAAACAUAGUCCUAAUGUUCGGUUAUUUCUGUGCUGAAGUACGUAAUCUGAUUGGUGGACGAAUUCUCUAUCCAAUGGCGCAACCGCCGCGUAUAAAUCCCCAAGGAUACGGACGAAACAUGAGCUUAUAUUUACUGAUGAAGCGAUACGACUGCAAUUUGCGUUCGUACUUAGAUAGCGAAAAUGUAACAAUGCGAACGAGGAUUUUAUUAUUCGCCCAGCUUUUGGAGGCUUCCGCACAUUUGUCGCGACAUGGAGUUGCACAUAGAGACUUGAAGUCCGAUAACAUUUUGAUUGAGUUGAAUGACGACAAUUCGCCACCAGUUUUGGUGUUAUCUGAUUUUGGGUGUUGCUUAGCGGAUAAAGUGCACGGUUUGUGUGUUCCAUAUACUUCGUAUGAUAUGGACAAGGGCGGGAACACAGCCCUCAUGGCUCCAGAAAUCAUAAACAAGACACCAGGCACAUUUUCAGUUUUGAACUAUUCAAAAUCGGAUUUGUGGGCUUGCGGUGCUAUUGCCUAUGAGAUUUUCGGGCAUCCAAAUCCAUUCUACGCUGCCGAUGGUCAAGGAAACGAAAAUGGCACAAAAUCCCUGAAAAAUAACAAUUAUUGCGAAGAAGAUCUUCCGGAAUUGACAAAUGAAUGCCCGCAUAUUAUUAGAGAGUUAAUAACAAAUAUUUUAAGUCCAAAUCCAAAAAGACGAUUGAGUCCCGAUAUAGCGGCAAAUGUGAUUCAACUUUUCCUUUGGGCUCCAUCAUCCUGGCUCAAACCGGCCGGCAUGCCAUCCAGUCCAGAGAUCCUUCAGUGGCUCCUUUCCCUGACUACAAAAGUAAUGUGCGAGGGUCGAAGCGCCACAAUCAACACAAACACAAUUGCUUAUAAGAUGGGUCGACGUACUUACACUGAAUAUCUCCUAAUCUGUAGUUUCUUAGCUCGCGCCAAGCUGCGACGAUUGCGUGGUGCUCUGACGUGGAUUCAAUCGAUUGUGUGAGAGGAUUUAGUGCGGAUGAAUCCCGACCCUUACAGCUUUCAACUAAAAGUCUGCCUUGGGAGAAAAAUUUCAAAAGAAAUGAAUGUGAUAUACUUUUUUUCUGCUUUGUUUUCGAUUGGCUUAUGAGAAAAUCUAAUGCUUUCCGUGCAUUGAGUCACUAAUUUUAUUUUGAUUCUGUUUGGUUUUUGAACACUAUUUUUGAACGAAGGAAGUUUAUUUCUGUAUUGACUUGUAUUUUGGAUUGUCACGUGGAUAUUGAGUUGAGAUUUGGUCUCCUUCAGAAUUAAACAUGAAUCAAUGAUAAAAAAUUGUUAUUUAACUAUUGGAUUAUGUAUUCAUAAAUAAAGUAAUUACAAAUAAAACUUAGACUUGAA